AUGGAGGAAGCCGAGCACAGGCAGCAGGCUGAGAUGGAGAGCAUGAGGAAGAUGAUGAAGGACCAAGAGAGGGAGAAACAAGCUGAGAUCAUCAAACUACAGAUGGAGUUCAGUGCUAAGCUGGCGAGGGUUCAGAGCGCUUCAGUGAAGACCCAGCUGCAGCCUCCCGGCUCAUGCCCCCUGCCUCAGAACAUCUUCAAGCGGGAGGAGAGUCCCCGCCCCCUCACACCCCUGCAGAGGCUUAACCUGGCCAUGUGCCAGGACGAGAAGACCAUCCGCGAGCUGACCAUCGGCCGCCGCCUUGGCCUCUACAAGGUCCGGGGAGACAUUGGCUGCGGAAACUUCUCCCGCGUCAAGCUGGGCGUCCACGCCCUCACAGCAGACAAAGUGGCCAUUAAGAUCCUGGAGAAGACCAAGCUGGACCAGAAGCAGCUUUCACGGGAGAUCUCCAGCAUGGAGCGUCUGCACCACCCCAACGUGGUCCGGCUGUAUGAGGUGGUGGAGACGGCCUCCCGCCUCCACCUGGUGAUGGAGUACGCGGGCAGAGGGGAGCUGUACACCAGGAUCAGCACCGAGGGCAAGCUGUCUGACACCAACAGCAAGAUCAUCUUCGCCCAGGUGGUGUCAGCCGUGAGACACAUGCAUGAGAACAACAUCAUCCACCGGGAUCUGAAGGCGGAGAACGUGCUGUUUUCUGCCAGCGGCUGUGUGAAGGUGGCCGAUUUCGGCUUCAGCACCGUCAGCCGGCGGGACGAGACCCUGAGCACGCUGUGCGGGUCGCCGCCGUACGCGGCGCCGGAGCUGUUCCGCGAGGAGCGCUACGUGGGCGUGUCCGUGGACGUGUGGGCGCUGGGCGUGCUGCUGUUCUUCAUGGUGACGGGCAGCAUGCCGUUCCGCGCCGACACGGUGGGCCGGCUGAGGCGCUGCGUGCUUGAGGGCGCCUUCACCGUGCCCGCGAGCGUGCCCGAGCCCUGCCGCCGCCUGAUCUGCGCCAUCCUGCGGCCGCAGCCCGAGCUCCGCUGCACCCCCGACCAGAUGAUGGGCUGCGAGUGGCUGCUGCCCGUGCGUUUCCCCCGCCCACUGGAGCCCUUCCGCCUCGACCCAAUGCACCUGCUGGGGGCGGAGCCUGGCAGGGUGGUGGAGGCGGAGGUGAGGAAAGCCCUGGAGGAGCUGGGUAUCACUGCCGAGCACAUCCGCAACAACCAGGGCAAAGACUGCCGCAGCUCUGUCAACGGCAUCUACCGCAUCCUGCUGCACCGCGCCCACCAACGCCGCGGCCUGGAGACUCCGCCCACCAUCCCCCUGCCCGUCGCCGACCCCAAAAUGGACAGACUCCGUGCCUACAGGCACUUACGCCUCACCUCCAAACUCUGCGUCAUUGCUUAA